UAAUGUAGGAUUUGUUCCACAGCUAAAUGGGAGUUAUUGUGAGGAACAUCUGCUGAGCAUAAUUACUAUUCUCAUCAACAGAAGCUCUUUAAUUUGCCAAGGCUAGUAUAUUGGUAGUCAGACCGUUUUUAAAGUAGUAUUUCAAGUAGGCAUUUGAGGUUAAGAUCUGACGAGAUGCACAGUUGUACUCGUGUAGACAGUUCUACUUUCCUCCAUGAGCAGUGUUCCCUCCUUCAAGUCCAGUGCGAUUUCACAUUUAGGACUCACACAACGAAAGCAAAAGUAAAAAUGAAAUCCCCCCCUCGGAAAGCCAUUGGAAGAUGAAAAUAUGGCGAUAUCCAAUGGUGGCAAGCGCGUCCUUUCUGUCCCACGUACGGCACGUGCUUGAACACGCGGUUAUCUCGCUGCCAUGGUUACCUGCCACAGGCUGGCACGAGGCUGGCAGGCAAGAGUUAAGGAGCCGUGUGCCAGCAGGACAGCGGAGCUAAACGCUGCACAUCACAAAGGCGCCGACUGCGCGUGCCCCGGCACAUUGGCGUCCAUGUGGUCUCUGCAGAGGGACGAGUGCUCCGGGACCGCGCGCACUUGCUUGGACAAAACUUUUAAAGGGGGACAUUAUUGUUUUUUUUUUUUUUUUUUUUUUUUUUUUGUCCUCCUGUUUUGGGGAAUGUUCAUCUCGGGCAACCGCAGCAUCACGGACUGCACGGCAACGCCACGACGUCAGCACGCGACAUUUAAUUAGUCGCUAAUUACAAGCCCGCGCGAGCUCGCGCGUCCUACACGUGAGCUGGAAGCCGCUGGGAGAUGCGCGUGCGCCGUGCUCGCGCGAUUUUGUUGCAAAGUGUCGGCGGAGGCGAGCGCUUGUCAGUCUAAAGUGGGGCUUAACUGGACGUGCAUCUGCUCCCUCCUUCUAGGAAUAAAAAACACAAAAAAAAACUACUGCAAAGGGAGAAGUUAUGGGUGACAGAAUACCGCGUCUUCAGGAGAGACAAUCUAUCGAUCACGCAAAUUUCCUCGGGGUGGAAUAUUCGUCGUUGUACAUGUGCAAGUCGAAGAGAGGGAUGAAAAGAGAGGAGAGCAAAGAUGCCUAUAAGUUGCCCCACAGGCUGAUCGAGAAGAAGAGGCGGGACAGAAUUAACGAAUGUAUUGGGCAGCUGAAAGAUCUGCUGCCGGAGCAUCUUAAACUGACAACGCUCGGACACCUAGAGAAGGCUGUGGUUCUGGAGUUGACCCUGAAGCAUUUAAACGCGCUCACCGCCGUCACCGAGCAGCAGCACCAGACGAUCGUAGCGCUGCAGAGCGGCGAUCGAUCCACGACUAAAUCGUCCAUCCAGGCCGAUGUAGAGGCUUUCCACUCCGGUUUCCAAACUUGUGCCAAGGAAGUGCUGCAGUACCUGCGGAGGUCGGAGAAGUGGAGCGCGCGCGAGGAGAGGUGCGCGCAGCUCGUGGGUCACCUGCAGAAAGUGUGCGCUCAGCUGCUGCCCGGCGCCCAGCUGCUCCCGCAGCAGCUCCUCUCCGCCGGCUCCGCUUCCCCUCGCGCGCAGGAGCCGCAGGCCAACUGCGUGCCCGUCAUCCAGCGGACUCACAACGGCGAGCUCAACGAAAACGACACGGACACCGACAGCGGCUACGGCGGGGAGGCGGAGAAGCACGAACUAGGCAAAGCGGAGCUCGAAUGUGGCGGCGCGAAGGCGCAGGGAGCCGCGGCGCUGCGGAUCAAGCAGGAAACGGAGGAGGAGCCCCGCGCGAAGAGAGCGAGGCUGGACGGUCACGGUCCGCGUCCCGGCGGCGCAGCCGUCGUGAAGCCGGAGCCGAGCGCCAGGUGCGGGCCCGACGCCGGUGUCCUGAACUCGCUGAUGGGACUGGGCGCCGCGGCGCCUUUCGGACAGGGCUCCUUCUGCAUGCCUUUCUACUUCAUCAACCCUUCGGCGGCCGCCUCCUACGUGCCCCUCAUGGACAAGUCCACUCUGGAGAAGUACGUCCUUUCCGCCACGGCCGCCGUGGGCUCCCCGUUCCCGCUGCUCUACCCGGGCUUCCCCGCCACCUUCCCGGGCGCGGGCAGCGGCCUGUGGGGAGGGAGCCCUGGCGCCCAGAGCCAGAAGCCGGAGCCGGAGCCGGACACGGACUCCUCCAACGAGCUGGAGCUGGAGUCACUACCUGUGGAGGACCUGGAAGAGUGUGGGGACGAGGAAGAGCCGCAGGAGGAGAGGGGAAGCGACGGGGAUUAAACAUGUGCCCGUGCUCCUCCUCCGUUAGCUUUGUCGAUAAGCAGAAAGAAUGAACGAAUGAAUGAAUGAAUGAAUGAAUGAAAGAAAGCGGAGAAGAAUGGCUCUUUCAACGUGUUCUGGAUGAAUGUCAUAUGAUUCCCAUUCCCAUGAAACAAAGCGGGUUAUUUUCUCAGAAUAUACAUAUUUGUAACAUUUACUCGCAUUUAGCCAGACGGUUAUAAUAUUCUGCUUAAAAUAACGUGCUUUGCCUGCCGUUUCUAGGUCCCACAUUUGUGUUUACCGUGUUUGUAAGUCGGUGUCAUAUUGUGAGCGGAAGUAGUGGACCACGGCGAGGUUUCCCUCCAUCUCACCACGAGUCGCGUCUCGCGCGCGGACGGGAGCACGUGACCGCUACUGGGGCACGUGCACAAAGUACCCUGUCCGGGCUUGGCACCCUCCCUCGUGAAGUUUUGAUAUUGAAUGUAAUUAUUUUCUAAGAAUACACGAGUGUAUAUUUAAACCACGUCGGAUUCCAGGUGUCUGCUUUUUCGCAAAGUGAAGUGCACUUGUUCCUGCCUUUUAAAGAUUAUUUUUUACACUCUCCCUUCUCCCUGAUGUUAUAGUUCAGGAAUUGUAAUUAAAUAUAUUUUCCUAAUUAGAUGAUGUAAGCUAACAGACAAAAUGACAUCUUUAAUAUGUGCCUGCGAAUUGCAGACACACAUUGUUUCAGACGUGGAAGACAGAAUGGGAUGUAAAACAGAUUUAAAGCACACAUCUAUAUAUCUACAGUAUAUAUACUGUAAAAGAACUAUUAAAACCAGAAAAUGUAGCUCCAAAUGUUUUGUGUCAUGCAGGGAUGUACAACUGGUAAAGGAAAUGAAAUACAACAACAACCCUUUGCUGUUGACUUUGCUUUAAGCUCUUAACAUAACAAACCAUUAGACUACUAUCAUUAAGAUAUGUUCACCGUCUCAGUUGCUGCUGUUCCAUAAAUGUGAAUUUGUAAAGUACUGAUGCGCGAAAUGUAUCAAAAUAAUUUAAAGCAGCUCCAGCUUUCAGAUGAAGCAGUCCAUGUACUAGGUUGGUCAGGCUUCUUCUGCUGCUUCACAUACAUACACACCCAUACACCGAGAGCUUACAGGACAUGCGUGGAGCAGGAAAUUUUUAUUUUUUUUUUCUUCAAUCAUCUUCUACCCAGAAUUUGAUCCAUCUCUCCUCAGUGAGGUGGCUAUGGGGUCUAUACCCAUGAUCCCACAGCACUGCACGAGUGCUGUCCUAGAAUGUUUAGUCAGAGAGGGUAAAAUCUCACAAUAAGUCGUUCAUGUAAAUAUUCAUGUAUAUAGUUCUUUACCUUUUAAUAUAUAAUGCUGCUUUCUGAUGUUUCCCUCAAAAGCUGCAUUUUCAAUGGUAUCAUUGCCAAAAGAGUGGUUUGUUGUGUAUAUAUAUACUUUGUUAAUACGCAAUUAAAUGUCUGAUGUAAUGUUGUAGGUUAACUGUGCAGAUUUUUACAGGAUUUCAGUGAGCAAUGUGCAUUUUUUUGUUAGUUAUUCUAGGCUAAAGCUGCCCUAAAUUAUUUUAUGAAAAGUUAUUAAAUAAAAAUCAGCAAGAAA